GGGAAACGCAGUCAGGUCCCGCCCCCUGCCUCCUAGUCGCCUGGGGGCGCGAGAGCGGUUGUGGGCUCCGCGCGGGGCCGAGUGCGCAGGCGCGCCGUUGGCGGGCCCUGCGGCGGUGUGUGUCUGUGACGGAGGCAACGGGUGACCUUGCUGCGUCUCCCGUCGAGGAAGGUGGCCUGGCCUGGCCGCCCGCCCCGCUUCUCCCUCGCAGAGGGGCCGCGGCCGUCCCUUUGGAAGCGACGGCCGCCCUGCCCGUGACACUCCGCGCACUGAGAUAUCACUGCAGUUUCCCUACAGACUUCAAAACUUGUCCUGAUUCCAGAAUGUAUUUCUUAUUAGUGUCCCUCUUUAUUGGAAUACUUCCUUCUGUUUAUGCAUCAGUACCGAGAUUGCUCCUGGUGUCUUUUGAUGGUUUCAGGGCUGAUUAUUUGAAGGAAUAUAAACUUCCACAUCUUCAGGACUUUAUUAAGGAUGGUGUAUUAGUGGAAUAUGUUACCAACGCUUUCAUCACAAAAACAUUCCCAAAUCAUUAUAGUAUAGUCACAGGACUAUAUGAAGAAAGCCAUGGCAUUGUGGCAAAUGAAAUGUAUGAUGCAGCUACCAAAAAAAGUUUUUCACAGUUUAAUGACACAGAUCCUUUUUGGUGGAAUGAAGCUGUUCCUAUUUGGGUGACCAACCAAUGGCAGGGGAACAAAAUUAGUGCUUCUGCAAUGUGGCCUGGCACAGAUGUAAAAAUUCACAAUAGUACUCCUCAUUUUUUUAUGAAAUACAAUUCUUCAGUAAGUUUUAAUGAAAGAGCAGAAAAUAUAAUUGCAUGGCUGAACAAUUCUAAACCACCAGUCACUUUUGCUACGCUUUACUGGGAAGAGCCAGAUGCAAGUGGACACAAGUAUGGGCCAGAAGAUACUACAAACAUGUCUAAAGUUUUACAAGAAGUCGAUAAUCUUGUUGGCCUGCUGGUUAAGAAGCUGAAGUCUUCAAAGUUGUGGGAGGAAAUUAAUGUUAUAAUUACAAGUGAUCAUGGCAUGGCACAGUGUGCCCAGGAGAGAUUAAUCAAGCUCGAUAGCUGCAUUGAACGUGAUCGUUAUAUGCUGAUCGACAAGACUCCAGUUGCUGCAAUACUGCCACAUGAUGAAAUGUAUGUCUAUACCAUGAUGAAAAACUGCAGCCCUCAUAUGAAAGCUUACCUUAAAGAAGAAAUUCCAGACCGAUACCAUUAUAAUCACAAUCAGCGUAUUCAACCUAUAAUUUUGGUGGCAGAUGAAGGGUGGACAAUUGUCCAAAAUGAGACUCUCCCAAGGUUGGGAGACCAUGGCUAUGACGAUACCCUCUCAAGUAUGCAUCCAUUUCUGGCAGCUCAUGGACCCGCUUUUCGCAAAGGUUACAAACAAAAGACAAUGUGUACAGUAGAUAUUUAUCCAAUGAUGUGUCACAUCUUAGGUCUGACACCUCAGCCCAAUAAUGGCACCUUGAGCCAUGCCAAGUGCCUAUUAGCAGAUCAGUGGUGCAUAGAUGUCCCUGAAGCCAUUGGCAUAGUUAUUGGUGUCUUUAUGGUACUAACAACUCUGACGUGCUUGAUAAUCAUCAUGAAAAACAGAACACCUUCUCUCCGUCCGUUCUCACGACUUCAGCUUCAAGAUGAUGACGAUGACCCAUUAAUUGGAUAACAUGCACUGACUUUUGUCUUAAACACUGGAAUGAUCACUUUAGCUACACUGGAUAGCUUCUUAUGAUGGAUGCACUUUAAUAAUUAACCCAAAUACUGAAUUAGAACAUUGUCAUUAUGAAAUAAAAAUGUUAAAUAGAAUAUAUUUUCCUAAUAUAAAAAAGCUAAACCUUCAGUUAAUGAAAUGGCAAGAUUAAGAUUUCUGAAUAUCAGUAAAUGCUGCUGAUUGUCCACAAGUAACUAUUUAUUUAGAUACAGAAAUUCUGAAAAUUAAAAGUCAACUCAGGUACAUCUUGAUUGUUAAAGAUUAUUGUUUUUUGUUUUUUUUGCAAGAAGACACAAGGAAUAGCUGGCCAAAAGGUGAGCUAUCUAAAUUAGGGUACUAGAAACAAAAUUGCAUAGCUCUUAACUCUAAAAAGUGGCAUAAUUGAUUUCUGCAGUCUCCAACUAUAGUUAAAUCAUCUUAUUGAGAAAUGUUAUUAAUAUGUCAGUGGUAGGAAUUGUAACCUACAACGGUACUAAGAGUUUUCCCUUAGGGCUGUAUAUUUAAUGAGCUGCUAUCUGGAUGCUUUCUUCCAUAGCUUCUAGCUUCAAGACAACUUAAAUGUUUAUUACUCAUUGUAGUUUCUUUAAGUGAUGUCUGUCCUACAGAAAGAUGCAGUAAUUGAUGAAUGUGCUUGUUAAACAUGUAGAGUGGAAUAGGAAUCACCCAGUUUUCCAGAUGUUGGACUGUAAAGUCCAACAUAGCCACCAGUGAGAAAUGUUGGAAGCUGUAGUUUAACAACAUGGGGAAAAUCACAUUAUUCACAGCAAUGAUGCAUUUUAAUACUGGUACCCCAUAGUCCUGUAAACAGCCUUGGAUGAUGUUCAAUGUUGCAUAUGUUUCAGUAAGCACAGGCAACUUUUUUGAGUAGCAAUUGUACUGAAGAGAAUUUAAGUCAACUGUAAUAUUUGUGUUUUUGUUAAAGAUUAUAUUGUAUGUCCAUACACUAGCUUUUGUAACAUUUCAGAACUGUGAAAGAAAACCUGUAAUGAAUACUAAGUUAUUUCUGCUAUAUGUCUAUUAAUUAGAUUUCCUUUACACAAGGCCAUGCAUUACUCAUAGAGCAAGGCAUAUUUUUAAAGAAGUGUCUAGUCAAGUUCUUAUUCUUGGCCAUGCUCUGUGGCCUUUUUUUAACUGCUGUGAAAACUUGAAAAUGACAGUAGUAAAUAGAUGUUCAUAAGAUUCAAAAUGCAGCAGGGAAAGCUUGUAUGCUUAGAUUUAGGGCUGCUUUUUAGUGGCAGACUUCCCAAACUAAUGCUUUUCAAGAAAAAAAUGGCACAAGGAAGUGUCUGCCCCUUACAUCUGUGUAGCCAAAAACAUUGUCCAUUUGUGCAUAUAGCACAGGUUCCUUCCAGAUAGAUUAAAGCAGCAUUUCUUAAUAUGAUGGUAUGGCACAGGGGAAGCUUUGACUUUCAACUGUAUGUUCUAUUUUCAAACCAAAAUAACCUAUCAUAUUGUAGAAGCGCUUACAUUUUGGAGAAUCAAGGAAAACUGUUUAAUUUCUUGUACAUACAUGAACAACCUUGAAACUGCCUUCAGAACUGGCAGAUGACUCUAUCUCAGUAGAUUAGACAAUAAGCAUGCUCUUGACUGUCAUUAUAAACUUCUAAAUUCUGUUUCAUUUUUUAUUUCUGUUAUGUGUAUUGAUAAUACAUCUUGUCAGUUCUACAAAGGUUGGUAACAUUUCAGGAGUUCAAGGUUUUAACUCCUAUAAUAAAUUCAUUGGUAUAUUGGGGUCCACUAAACAAAAUUCAAAUGAGCAUAAACUUUUAAAUUAAUAUUUGCAGUAAUUAUUGGGUUUUAGGUAGCAAACAAUUUACAGAAUAAAAUAACCUGAGAUAAUAUCAGUUACACUCCUUACAUUAUUCUUCAUCGUUGUGCACAACAAAAGGACCCUGGCUGCUCAUUGAGGUCUACCUGGAUUGUACAUCUAACCCACAAGGAAAGAUUAGAGGUGAUAGAUUAGAAACUCAGGGAAAAGAGAUCCCAAUGAUAAGUUGUAUGUGGAAUUAUUUAUUCAAAUGAGCAGUGCCUUUAACAGGAUAUUUAUAUUUGUAUGAGUUGGGUUUUUAUGGAAAUGUUUUUCUCAAUUUUAAACUUUAUGAAUUAAAAGAUGCUAUUUGUA